AUGUUCUACUUACUUUUCUUACUCAUUUUAUUUAUAAUACAUCUAACAGUGUUUAGAGGAUCUAAUUAUAGAUAUGAAAACAAUUCUGAAUUAUUAAUUGAAAGAAUAAAAAGAGGAAAGGAAGCAUUGGAUGAUAUUUUGAAAGCAAAGAUGAAAGCAGAAGAAGAAUAUCAAAAGAAUAAAAAAAGAAUAAAUAAACCAAACAGAAAUUAUGACAAAAAUAAAAAAGAUGAUUAUGAUGAUAAUAAUAAUAAUAAUAUAUAUGUAGAAGAAAUAAAAUGUUAUGAAUAUGUAUUAGAACAAUUAAAUAAUUUGAAUGUAUAUAAUUGCAAUGAAAUAAACGAAAAUAAUAAAUCAUUAUUAGCAUUAGCUAAAACAAAAUGUCUGUUUGUAAAAUCUAUAAGAUCAUUUCCUGAUCAGAAUUUGGGUUGUAUAUUAAAUCCAAAAAAAUUAAAUAAGUUACAAUUAUAUUUAUAUAAUAAUAAUUUAUUUAAUGAAUUUAAUAAUGAGAAUUUUUCAAGGACUUUAAAUUUGAAUGAAUUGAGAAAAAUAGAAAAUAUUAUAAAUCCUUGCUAUUAUGAAAAUGAACAAGUGGAUGAAAAUAAUAUAAAUAAAUUAAAUGAUAUAUCUAAUAUAAAGGAAAUAGAAAGAAAUAAUUACGAACAUAUUAAUUAUGCUUAUAAUAAUGAUAUAGAUAAUUUGGAUGAAAGCAACUAUAUGUCAGAACAAAAUAAUUAUUUAAAAAAAAAAUUAUGUGAAAAUUUAAAAUAUAAAAUAGUAGCAAAUUGUACAUCCAAUAAAAAUAUGUCUGAUACAGCAUUCCAAAUAUAUCAUUCAGAAUUAAAUCAUAUUGAUGAUAUUUGUUUUUAUAUACAAUCAAAUGAAUGGAAUAAAAGGACUGAAGAAAAUAUCAAUAGAUUAGCACAGACGUCUUUGUAUAUAUCCAAACAAAUGACUACAAAUUUGGAAAAUAUGAAAUUAAUUGAAAAUGCUCAAAUUAAACAAAUAGAAAAUACAAAUAAGUUUGAUAAUUUUUUGAAGGGUCUCAAAAAUGAUUUCAGCGAAAUUAUUCAAAUUUUAUUAAAAAUAAAAUAUCACCACGAAUCAAUUACCAAAUUUUUGAGAGCCUUUAAAAUGAUUGUCAUGUACCUGCUUAUUAUAAUAUUAGUCUUAUUCAUAACGUCAAAAAGUUACACAUACGGCAGUAGAAAAAAAAUUAUAUCAUGUGUUUUUUUUUGUUACUUAACUGAGCUGUUGUUCAAAAAACUUAUUGUUCUUUUCAAAAGAUAUAUAUUAUUACAUAUUAAUGAUAAUCUUAUUAGUUAUUCAAUUAAAGGAAUAAGAUAUACAUUUGUUAUUAUUGCUAUAAAAGUAUUCAUCAGCUCCAUCAUAUCUUAUAAAGAACCUGCCAAAGUAAUUGAAGAAGAACUGAAGGUUAUAAAAAAAAUCGUGGAAAAAAAUUCACAGCAAUAUCAAAAUAAAAUUAAGGAAAUUGAGAAUGGAAAUAAUAAUAUCUUAUAUAAUGAUAUAGAUCAAAAAACAAUUAGUAUAAUAAAUUUAUGGUCAUGUUUUAACGAUAAUAUGGAUUCCUUGUAUGAUGAUGAUGACGAUUUUAAUUUAAGCAAUUAUAACAGUGAUGACCAAUCAAGCAGCUCACAAACUUCUUUAGCUAGCGAAAAGUUUACUAUAAAUGAAAUGGAUGAAAAUAAUGAUGACCCGAUUGGAAUGAGGAUAAAAACAUUACACAGAAAAAAUCGACCGAUAUUUUUUCAUUAUAUGCCUUCACCAACCAAUAUUAAGGCAUAUACAGAAAAUCCUAUAUCCUUCACAAAUAUGAUAGAAUAUCACCACAAUGAAAUAAUGCGAGCCAAAGAAAAUCGAAUUAAUGAUGAACUAUUAAUAAACGAUCAUAAAAGUUAUGAAACUAUAAUUCUAGAAAAUGAUGAUCAAAAUGAAACACCAAAUAUAUAUGAUAUAAAUAACGUUGAAAAGUUAAACAAAUAUUACUCAUUAGAUAGUUUUUAA